GAGCGUACCCCCCUGCCGCAUACCAAGGCCCGCAUUGGCCCGCAUACACAACCAUUGCCUUGCCCUUGAGGCAUCGACGCAGAAGCAUUACCAAAAUAAACACCCGAACCCAAACACAGACCAUGAACCUUGUAUAGCAUAAGGUGUGGCUUACUCCACCGGAGCACAACUCAUAUCUUCCACUCACCACUCACCAGUCACCAAUACACAAGGUAGGUACCCGCACUCCAUUUCAGACGAGCAAACUCGGCGGUGACUCUCAAGUCUCAAGUCUCACAUCCUCACACCCCUGUAAUCACUCGACCUCCACUCGCGCAGUUUGGCGCAGUGCCCUCACCGGAGCCAUGGGCGUGUUUGUGGGUGUGGACGUGGGCACGGGCAGCGUCCGUGCGGCCGUGUUCGAGGCGGACGGCCGACUUCUGGCCUCGCACUCGCUGCCCAUCGCCACCUGGAGUCCCCAGCCUGACCUGUACCAGCAGGACUCGGAGGCAAUAUGGAACGCCUGCUGCACCUCGGUCAAGACAGCUCUGUCGGAGAGCGGCGCCGACCCGGCCACGGUGCUCGGUAUCGGGUUCGACGCCACCUGCUCGCUGGUUGUUCUCGACACUGAUCUGCGACCGCUCACCGUCAGCCCUCAGGGCGAGCCGGACCAGAAUAUCAUCGUCUGGAUGGACCACCGGGCGGUGGAGGAGGCCAAACUCAUCAACAGCCUCGGCCACCCGGUGCUGAAGUCGGUCGGGGGCACCAUCUCGCCCGAGAUGCAGACGCCCAAGCUGCUGUGGCUGCAGCAGCACAUGCCCGACACCUGGCAUCGGGCCGGCAUGUUCUUCGACCUGCCCGACUUCCUGACGUGGAAGGCCACCGGAUCGCUCACCAGGUCCCUCUGCACCGUCGUGUGUAAAUGGACGUACCAGGCCGGUGACAAGGAGACGGAGGGAUGGGACAGGACCUACUUUGAACAGAUCGGGCUCGGCGGCCUAGCGGAGGAGGGAUGGAAACGUAUCGGCACGGAGGUGGCGGCGCCGGGCUCACCCCUAGGUGAAGGUGUAACUGAGGAGGCCGCCGAGCGUCUGGGAGUGCCGGCCGGUACCCCUGUGGGUGCGGCGCUCAUUGACGCGCACGCCGGCGGCCUUGGCCUGAUGGCUAUCAGAGACCAGUUCGAGGACCCCUGCACCAGACUCGGCAUCAUCGCCGGCACAUCCUCGUGCUUCAUGGCGGUGAGCCGGGAGCCCUGUCCGGUCUCCGGUGUGUGGGGUCCCUACUGGAGCGCCAUGCUGCCCGGUCUAUGGCUCAGCGAGGGAGGUCAGAGCGCCUCGGGACGCCUGCUGGAGUAUGUCAUCAACAGCCACCCGCUGGGCCAGGCGGCGACUGAGAACAACAGGCCUGUUCAGGAAGACCUGGAGGAACUGCUGUCGACUAUGGCCAAAGAUCGGGGACUCUCGGACGUAACGCUGCUCACCAGUGAUCUCCACGUGUACCCGGAUCACCAUGGCAACCGGUCACCGCACGCCGACACCACUCUUCGGGGAAUGGUCAGCGGUUUGACGCUGGAUACGGGCCGACAGAGCCUGGCCAAAUACUAUCUCGCCCACCUACAGGCCAUCUGCUACGGCUCUCGGUCUAUCGUGGAAGCUCUGAGUUCGGGUGGCCACCGGAUCGAGGCGGUCUACAUCUGCGGAGGAAUCGCCAAGUCGUCCCUGUUCGUUCAGACGCUGGCCGACGUUCUCGGUGUUCCCGUGACCUGCCCCUCCCAGCCGGAGGCGGUGCUACUCGGAGCGGCAAUGCUCGGCGCCGUCGCCUCAGGGCUGACCCUGGACGAUGUCAGAGGUCAAAUAAGCGGCGCGGGCACCAGCGUGUCACCCCGACCGGAACUGGAGAUGUUCCAUUUGAAGAAGUACAAAGUUUUCCAGAAGAUGCACCGCGAUCAGCUGACUUAUAAGGAGAUCAUGGAAGGGUCUAUGAAGUAAAAACUCAGGCCUGGCGGAAUAUAACUAAACUACCGCAUCUGGUGGGUUUUUGUGUGAGUUGAGCUCACUGCUUAUAUGCUAUGGUGCAUAUAUUUUUGAUAUUUUUGCCUUUCAAAGGUUGAUCAUGACGACCUAAUUAUGCAAUGUGCAAUUUAAGGCUACGAGCUUACGACCAAGCCGUUUCGCAGGAACGGUAUGUGGAUUGUGGGGGUAUGGGGAUAGGACGAGUCGCGGGCUCGAAUCUAUAGUUCACAGGUGAAACGUGAGCGUUACAUAAGUAUGUGUUUGAGGGUGACAACAUUUUAUGUGACUAAUUGUCCGAAUGAUUUCAUUGAAUGGGAAAUAAACGAUAUAAUAAAUAAAUAAACGAUGA